UCAGUCUCCCGGCGUGUCUCCGCAGCCUACAAAGAGAAGAUGAAGGAGCUCCCGCUGGUGUCUCUCUUCUGCUCCUGCUUCCUGGCCGACCCCCUGAACCAGUCAUCCUACACAUACAAAGGCUGGUGUGGGAGACAGUGUAGGAGGAAAGAUCAGAGCCAGCGGAAAGACAGCGCUGACUGGAGAGAGAGAAGAGAGCAGGCCGACACGGUGGACCUGAACUGGUGCGUCAUCUCCGACAUGGAGGUCAUCGAGCUGAACAAGCGCACCUCGGGCCAGUCCUUCGAAGUCAUCCUGAAGCCGCCCUCCUUCGACGGGGUGCCCGAGUUCAACGCCUCCCUGCCGCGGCGGCGAGACCCGUCGCUGGAGGAGAUCCAGAAGAAGCUGGAGGCAGCGGAGGAGCGACGGAAGUACCAGGAAGCUGAGCUCCUGAAGCACCUGGCGGAGAAGCGAGAGCACGAGCGGGAGGUGAUCCAGAAGGCCAUCGAGGAAAACAACAAUUUCAUCAAGAUGGCCAAGGAGAAGCUGGCCCAGAAGAUGGAAUCCAACAAGGAGAACCGAGAGGCCCACCUCGCCGCCAUGCUGGAGCGGCUGCAAGAGAAGGACAAGCACGCGGAAGAGGUGCGGAAAAACAAGGAGCUGAAGGAAGAGGCCUCCAGGUAAAGGCCAGAGGCCAAAGAAGCUUCCGGAACAGCCAGACAGUUCCAGCGGCUCCGCGGUCUGAGGCGGCCUCACCUCACCCACCGCUGGCUGCGGGCCCAGCACCGGGGCUCGGGGGGAGGGGGGUGGCCAGGGGCUUUUGGUGUUUGUACGUGUAAAGAAUUGACCCGUGAAGCCAUCCUAUUUGUUUCUGGGGAACAACGAUGGGGUGGGAGAGGGGAGAGGAGAGUCUGGGAACGGGAGGUGGAGAAGGACUCGUGCACAGGCUGCAGACUCAGGUCACCACCUCGGCUCUUCCUCGCGGUGGGCGUCCAGGCACCUCGACGGGAGCAGGUUCCAAGCGGCCGCCGCGGCUCCGAGCCGGGUCCUGGCGGGGCGGAAGUGCCAGGCGUGGCUGGGGAGGCCGGCAGCCCUGCGUGGGCCCUGCGUGGCCAGGGGCCGGCCGGCCGGGUGAGGUCUGGGUGUGCGUCUUAACCAUUACCUUUGAUCAUCACGACCAAUGAGACACUCA